AUGUCUGAUAGAUUGAUUUUCUCAACAUAACCAGAGCUUUUGCGUUUGAAUUAAAAAGAUGAAGAAUAUGGCUUUGGAUUAUUUUAGAAAUUGAUUGAUGCUUUAGAAAUAUUUACCCCUAAAAUAUUAAGCUACAGAUUUAUUUCAACCAAUUAAGAUACUCUUAAAAUACUAUCAUUUUGCGCUUAUUAUAUUUUAACAACUAUUUCGAAUAGGAAAACUUUAGGAGAAGAAUUUUGUAAUUUGCAUCAAUUUAAUAAAUAGGAUUUUGAUUUUAAAGGCAUACCAACAAGUUUAAAAAGAAGAGUUUUGUUUGUGAUUCUAACAACCCUCUCUCCAUUUAUUUUCAAAAAACUAGUGAAAAAAUAAUAUGAUCAAUCGAGAGAAAUGAUGAUGGCAGAAAGAAAAGAAUAUAGAGGAAUAUUAGCUAGUUUUAUAAGGAACUUGCCUAGCUACGAUGGAAUUUAUGAAAAAAUUAUUAAAUUUCAUCUUUGCAUGUUCUUUUUAGAUGGAUUAUUCGUAUAGAUAUCCAAAAGAAUAAGCGGCAUAUAUUAUGUUUUUUAAAAACAGCCUUAAAAUCACAAUAUUACAUACAAAAAAGUUGGAGUACUUGUGGCCUUACAAUUAGCAAUAGAGUUUGCAAGAUAUGGAUACAGAGUAUAUUAAGAUUAUUAGUAAUCUAAACAAAUUUAAAAUUAAAUUAAUUCUGAAUAUAAAUAUAAAUCUGGGGAAGAUAAAAAUGAAAAUUAACAUGAAGAAGAAGAAGAGGAAAUAGAUAUUCCAUAAGAAUUGCUUUGUGCUUUGUGCUACGAUAAAAGGAAGAUAACAUCAGCAACUCCAUGUGGUCAUUUAUUUUGUUGGGACUGUAUUAUAAAGAGUACUUAAAUUAAACCUGAGUGUCCAAAUUGCCGUUAAGCUUGCUUGCCUUAAAAAAUAGUUUAAAUAGCUAAUUUUAAGUGA